AUGGCGCUUCUUUCACUUGUCGGCGAUCUGCAGCUCUUGUAUCGCUUUGUCAUUCUUGCUAUUGGUGUCUUGGGUAUUGGCCGGAUCAUCACAUCCCGAAAGCAGUCCAAGGCAGUAGUCACUACGCAAUCGUCCAAAAGCUUCACCAAGGAAUCCAACGUUCCUGUUUCGGUCAACUACUUUCCUUCACGAAAAUGCAACUACACCUGCGGAUUCUGCUUCCAUACCGAUACCUCAUCCUACGUCCUCCCGGUCGAUGAAGCAAAACGCGGCUUGAGACUCCUGAGAGAAGCUGGCAUGCAAAAGCUCAAUAUUGCUGGUGGCGAGCCAUUCCUCUACCCUCGUUUUCUGACAGAAUUACUCCAGUUUGGCAAGGAGGAACUUGGCCUCGAAAGCAUCAGCAUUGUAAGCAACGGCAGCAAGAUUACAGAGAAAUGGAUGCGUGAGAAUUGCCAAUGGCUGGACAUUCUUGCAAUCUCAUGUGAUUCUUUUGAUCCCGAGACGAACAAGAAUAUUGGACGGGGCGACGAUGGAGGCAAUGUGAUCCGGCUCUUCCGCAUUGCGGAAUGGUGCAGAGACUAUGGCAUCAAGUUCAAGUUGAACACUGUUGUCAACAUCCAUAAUUGGAAUGAGGACAUGUCGGCUGAAAUUGAGAGACUCGCACCUUUUCGAUGGAAAGUGUUCCAGUGUCUACUCGUUGCUGGGGAGAAUGAAGACGCGACCCGACUGCGAGAUGCGAGAACCUUUCUCGUGACCGACCAACAAUGGAAGACUUUCUGCGACCGGCAUAAACAUCUUCCGUGCUAUGUUACAGAAGAUACAAAUGCCAUGGCGAGCAGCUACUUGCUCCUGGAUGAGUAUAUGUGCUUUUUGGACAAGGGCGAGGGCAUGUUGACAAAGAGCGAAUCGAUCUUGAGAGUCGGCGUUGAGAAAGCAAUGAGUCAGGUUGUCUGGGACAAGGGAUCUUUCCUUGAGCGUGGUGGCAUUUAUGACUGGAGCAGAUCUGAUAUGGUGAAGGAAAGCGGUUGUAGCGGCGGGAGUAAUGAGAAGUUGCAGUGGUAA